UCACCAGCGCUGCUCGCGUGCGUAAAUAUGGCGGUUCCUGCGACGACGAGCGACUGCAAGAAAAGUGCCGAAAAAUAGGAAAUAAAGGGAAGACAUGAGGAAAGUUGACAUUAAAAACUCUGCGACCGAAUCUAAUGGGUGAUCGGUGCUGAAAAGCGCCCGAAAGGACAUAAAUAAGAGGGGGAAAGAGAGUUUAUACUCGCCUGUGGAGAGAGAGAUGCACGCGGAAGUGACGAGAGACUUUAACAACUAAAACUCAAACUAACACUACAAAUCAAAGUCUCACACAUGGACAGUUAAACUGGAUAAAAGUGUCCGGAUGAACUUUUGAGUGGUCCUGUGAGUGUUCAGACAUGUUAAAGUUAUCUCUCAAAAGUAAGACCUUUAAUGAAGAGGAAUAACUUUUAAGUUCACAACUGAUGCAGAAGUUUAAUAACUACUGAUCAUUCAGAUAUGACUGCAAAAAACAACCACAUAAACGCAUCUGUUUAAACGUUUUUGCACGUUUCGAAUCAAAAUCUUCUUGACGUGCCAGUUGGACUGUCAAUUGAAUAAUGAUGAUAAUUUUAUGCACAUCAGGAUAUCUUUAUCGAUUAUUGACGUCUCUGCUGUGUCAGUAGUUCAGGUGCAUAUGAAUAUUCAUUAAUACUGACGUCACUAUGACUGACAGCUCAUCAACACUAGCUGACUCAGAGCAGGUCAGGGUGUGUUUUUUGUUUUUAGUAUUGUGACGUCGUUAUGACAUCAUGUGUUUGUCCUGGGGGUCGCCAUGAGGGUGAUUUUGCCUUCAUCAUCAUCCUCCUCCUCCUUAAUUAUAAUUAUAGUCUUCAGAUUCAGUAAUCUGGACUAGGUCGCUGAGAGAUGGAUACAAGUCUGACAUUCACAGUAAAUUAAUGCAUUUUAUUAUCACCUUUGAUUAAAUUAACAUUCACCCCAUAGUGCCAUGAAUAUCUACUUAAAAUCUGUAACUGCCCAGUAAUUGUCAGAAAUUAGAUUUCCACACUCAUUCAGCAGUCAAUGCAUGAGACUGACAGGGGGAUCUGUUGUGGACGUGGACCGUGUCCCAUCACUGGACCGUCCUGUGUGACACUGAAGGAGGACACGUUCACUGAGGACUGUCUGUCCAUCACCGCUCUCACUCUCAGACUGAGUCCGGCACUCAUGCCCUUAUGGGGCAGCAGCCGGGGAAGUUUGUUGGGGACCAGAGGAGACCGAGUCUGCCAGCGCUGCCCUUCAUCAAGGGUGCCGUGAAGAGAGAGACGACACGGCAGGGAGCCCAACACUGUAAUGUGUUCACCGUUCAUGAAGCUUUGCAGCGGCCGGAUUUCGAGCCGCCUGGUCUUUCUGAAGCCGCGCGCUGGAACUCCAAAGAGAAUCUGCUGUCAGGACCCAGUGAAAAUGACCCCAACCUGUUCGUAGCACUCUAUGACUUUGUGGCGAGCGGUGACAACACACUGAGCAUCACCAAAGGGGAGAAGCUGAGAGUUCUGGGAUAUAAUCAUAAUGGCGAGUGGUGUGAAGCGCAGACGAAGAACGGACAGGGCUGGGUGCCCAGCAACUACAUCACACCUGUCAACAGCUUGGAGAAGCACAGCUGGUAUCACGGACCCGUGUCGCGUAACGCCGCAGAAUACCUGCUGAGCAGUGGCAUCAACGGCAGCUUCCUGGUGAGAGAGAGCGAGAGCAGUCCGGGACAGCGCUCCAUAUCGCUGCGCUACGAGGGCCGAGUCUACCACUACCGCAUCAACACUGCCUCGGAUGGCAAGCUGUAUGUGUCGUCUGAGAGCCGCUUCAACACGCUGGCGGAGCUGGUUCAUCAUCAUUCCACCGUAGCAGAUGGUCUGAUCACAACACUGCAUUACCCAGCACCCAAACGCAACAAGCCCACCAUCUACGGUGUCUCGCCAAACUAUGACAAGUGGGAGAUGGAGCGGACCGAUAUCACCAUGAAACACAAACUGGGUGGAGGGCAGUACGGUGAGGUGUACGAGGGCGUGUGGAAGAAAUACAGCCUGACUGUGGCUGUGAAAACACUAAAGGAAGACACGAUGGAAGUGGAGGAGUUUUUAAAAGAAGCUGCAGUCAUGAAAGAGAUUAAACACCCAAAUCUGGUGCAGCUAUUAGGUGUCUGCACACGAGAACCUCCCUUUUAUAUCAUCACAGAGUUCAUGACCCAUGGAAAUCUGCUGGAUUACCUGCGUGAAUGUAACCGUGAGGAAGUCAACGCUGUGGUGCUGCUGUAUAUGGCCACACAGAUCUCCUCUGCGAUGGAGUACCUGGAGAAGAAGAACUUCAUCCACAGGGAUCUAGCUGCCCGGAACUGCUUAGUUGGGGAAAACCACUUGGUUAAAGUGGCAGAUUUUGGACUGAGUCGCCUGAUGACGGGGGACACUUACACAGCUCAUGCAGGAGCCAAGUUUCCCAUUAAAUGGACUGCACCAGAGAGUCUGGCCUAUAACAAAUUCUCUAUAAAGUCAGAUGUGUGGGCAUUUGGGGUCCUGCUUUGGGAGAUUGCCACCUAUGGGAUGUCUCCAUAUCCUGGAAUUGACUUGUCCCAAGUGUACGAGUUACUAGAGAAAGAUUACCGCAUGGACAGACCAGAGGGAUGCCCAGAGAAAGUCUAUGAGCUCAUGAGGGCCUGUUGGAGAUGGAACCCUGCAGAGCGUCCUUCUUUUGCCGAAACCCACCAAGCGUUUGAGACCAUGUUUCAAGAAUCCAGUAUCUCUGAUGAGGUGGAGAAAGAGUUGGGGAAGAAAGGUAAGAAGCUGACAUUAGGCCCGAUACAGCAGGCACCAGAACUUCCCACCAAGACAAGGACACUGCGAAGGCAUAUGGACAGUAAGGAUGGGGACAGUCCUGAUUCAGCAGAGACUGAAGUUGCUGGGCCUCUGAUGCUCCCAAGGCCUCUUCUUGAUACCAAUUUGAAUGAAGAUGACCGGCUCCUAGCUAAAGAUAAAGAUAAAUUCAGAAUUAAUCCCUUCAGCUACAUCAAGAAAAAGAAGAGAACUGCUCCUGCUCCUCCAAAACGUAGCAGCUCCUUUGGAAAGAUGGAUGGCCAUCUGGAUCAUAGAGGAUUGGGACAUGAUUGUAGAGAUGAGUUCAAUAAUGGGACUUUCACCAAUGAUGCCAUUCACAGCAUUGACCCUUCAAAAUUGGUUGGUUCUAAUAAUACCACAGCUGUCGGAGUCAACAAUGGAGCCCUAGUAUAUCCUGGUCAGCUCUUCCCUCCUCUUUCACGGAGAAAGGGCACACCUACAACAACAGGUGGAGGAGGGAAACUUGCCACCACUCCUCCAGCGGAGGAAGACUCUAUCUCAAACUCCAAGCGUUUCCUGAGGUCUUCUUCAGCAUCCAGCAUGCCCCCAGGGUCUGACCGUAAAGAGUGGAAGUCAGUCACCCUUCCUCGUGACAUUCAGUCAUCUCAUUUUGACUCUGGUACCUUUGGACGAAAGCCAGCUCUGCCCCGCAAGAAAGGAGAUUGUAUCCCUCGUGGUGGUACCCUUACCCCACCACCACGCCUUCCCAAGAAAACCGAAGAUACCUCCGAUGAGGUUUUCAAGAAUGCAGAAUCCAGUCCUGGAUCAAGUCCUUUGACCCUGACCCCAAAGAUAGGCCGUCAGCUACAGUUGGAAAGCUCCAAAACGAGUGCCUUGCAGGCUGAGCUGCUCAAGCCCAGUGUGUUUCCACCUCUAGGAGCAGCUGGGGAUGAAUGCAGACAUCGUAGACACAAAAUCUCUUCUGAUGUCCCUGUACAAAGAGAGAGAGACAAGGGAAAGUUUGCAAAACCUAAACCUGCUCCUCCUCCACCACCCAUCUCAAGCGCCAAAUCUGGAAAGACUUCAAGGAGUCUCACUCAUGAUGUUUCUUCAGAUGGCAAAGUCAAAGGCUCCUCUGACCCAAGUCCUCCAAGCUCUGGCUCCACAGAACAAGGCAGGGGAACUCUUUCCCAGGAGAGUGCCAAAAAGCUGCAAAAAAACACCUCAAAAGUACAGCCUCCAAAGACCUCGCCUACAUCACCAACCAGUCAGCCACUAGGUAUAGGAACAGGUUUGGCUCACCGGUUGUUACGGAAAACUCAGCAGCCGUCCGAGAGACAUUCUAACUCUGCCAUCACACGCGAGAUGGUCUUGGAGAGCACCGAACUUCUGCGGGCCGCUAUUGGCAGAAUUUCAGAACAGACCGGUAGCCACAGCGCAGUCUUGGAGGCGGGUAAGAACCUGUCCAAGUAUUGCGUGAGCUAUGUCGAGUCCAUCCAGCAGAUGCGGAACAGGUUUGCUUUCCGUGAAGCCAUCAAUAAGUUGGAAAGCAGCCUCCGAGAGCUACAGAUCUGCCCCACAGCCACUGGGGGAGCCAGCGUACCACAAGACUUUUCAAAGCUGCUUUCCUCCGUCAAGGAGAUCAGUGACAUUGUUCAGAGGUAGUGGAGAAAACCUUCACCAGAUUUCUUGAUGCGACAGAACAAUGCCUUUCAUGGAACAUAAAUCCAUAUGUCUGGGGCUUCUCUGAAUUGGCUGUGGCAUAAUGUACACUUCAGUUAUAUAAACCCACCUCGCCUUUUCUCACGCCAAAUAGGGGAACAUUCACAAAUGUGUCUUAUUACUGUGCACAGUCUGUUUGCCCAUCUUAUGGUAGCCCAGGUCCAGGUAGCCAAGUCUUAGUUACUUGAUUUUUAAUUCCAUAACUUGACUUUCUUCUCUGUUUUCUCAUAGUAUUAGGCAUAACUGUUUCACAGCGUUACAGGUGGCUGACAGGAAAAAACUCCUCACAUUUUCAGAAUCCAACAUUUUUAGGGAUCAAUAUAUAUAUAUAUUUUUGAUAACAAAAGAAACUGUUGAUUCAUCAAACUGCCUUAGUUGUUUUUGUUUUCUUGUCGUUGCAAUUGUUAAAGAAAUGGGCUUUGUCGUGUGAUGUGAAUGGUCCCUGUGAUAUGAGGAACUAUUGUUUCAUUUUGAAACAGACUGAUUAUGUAUUGUAGAAUUGCAACACUGUGCCAUGAAUGACGUUUCACUAAUGGGGUCGUAAAAGUCUGUACAGUUGUUAAACAAGUGUUCCUUCAGCACAAUCACUAUAUAAAUGCCUUACCAAAACUACAUAGUGGCCUUAAAAGGGACUUGCUGAACAUUAUGAAUCAUAUUUAUCAGCGGAUAAAACACUACUGUCUCAAGAAGCUGGAGAAAGACUUGGAAGCAAGAAUCGGAACAUAAGGAGCAAUAUUCAGUAUAUGUUUAAUUUUGUAAUUUCCUGUUUAAUUUACCACUUAAUGUCAUUUGCGAGUAUUCUGCACACCACUGACUGAACUCGGAAAAGAAUCACGGGGAGCGCCUCAAUGAACGUAGUAGUGUUAUCAAAUGACAGCGCUAACCAAAUGCCGUGAGAUGAUCGCCAUUAAGGAUGUGGGAGUUAUACACUUAACCAACAAGCUGAUAAUUCAACGAUCAUGUUACUAAAACUUUCCUAUAUUGUUUUACUUGUGUAAUUUAGAUAAUGCAGUUUUUGUUUUUUUCAGUAUUAGUUUGUCAACAAUUUGCCCUCUGACUGCGACACCUUGAGGAUGAAGCCAACCACAAGCUGCCUUUAAUUCAACAUGGUACUUCCAAUGUUGACAUUUCAUGUUUUGUCUCCUAAAAAUCAUGCCACUAAUUGUUUAUUUGUAUCAUGCCUCAUUCUUUUGUAGACUAAUUGCUCGUCUUUGUAAAUACACGUGACUUGUUUUCUCUUUUCAGUUGAUUCUUCCUGUAACCAUGGUGCCAUUUGUGUUGCAUAAAAUACAAAGAAAAUUUUGCUACUUGAACAAUAAGAGUUUGUGUUUCUGUCAGGAUGCUUACAUUUCUGUGUGUCUAUUCUGAAACUUCAGCAGCAUUAUCAUGGCAAUUGUGCAUUUGACACUCCAAGAAUAGGCUACAGUUUGUCCCCUUACAUUUUUCAGAGCAAUAAAAACUAGUGCUUUCAGUCAGUUAAAAUUUCAAUUGAAUCACGUUAUGCAAUUAAUCGCAUAUAUCAAUAU